AUGGUGUUGCUGAGUCCAUCGGUCAGUGCAUUAAGACGAUUACUGUCUAUAUGUGAAGUAUAUGCUGAGGCUCAGGGACUCGAGUACAAUGCCAAGAAAAGCGAAAUCGUGGUUUUUAAGGCGGGUGCAAAAGGCUAUAAAACCAUACCUGAGGUAUCGCUCUACGGAUCACCGUUACUUAGGGUGACCAGCUUUAAGUACUUGGGUCAUUGGGUAGUCGAGAACUUAGGCGAUAAUAAGGAUAUAGACAGGAAUCGAAGGUCACUGUCGGUUCGCUGCAACAUGCUGGCUCGCAGAUUUGCACGUUGUACAGAAGAUGUCAAAAUAACUUAA